CAGAGGAGCAACCGGCCCACUUGGUCUUCAAGGCCCGACGGGAGCCCCCGGCGUCAGAGGUUUCCAGGGUCCCAAAGGUGCCAGUGGGGAGCCUGGCCUUCCUGGUCCAACUGGAAUUCGUGGAGAGUUAGGUGACAGGGGUCCUACUGGUGUUCCGGGUCCCAAAGGUAACCAGGGCAUUGCUGGAGCAGAUGGCCUCCCAGGUGACAAAGGAGAACUGGGUCCCUUUGGUCCCCCCGGCCAAAAAGGAGAGCCAGGAAAAAGAGGAGAACUUGGUCCAAAAGGUGUCCAAGGACCUAACGGGACAGCUGGCGCACCCGGGAUCCCAGGACAUCCAGGGCCCAUGGGCCAUCAGGGCGAGCGAGGCGUUCCUGGCGCCACAGGAAAACCCGGGCCUCCUGGCAAAGAGGCCAGUGAACAACAUAUAAGAGAACUCUGUGGGGAGAUGAUAAAUGAUCAAAUUGCCCAGUUAGCUGCUAAUCUGAGAAAGCCCUUGUCUCCUGGAAUGACGGGUCGCCCUGGCCCAGCUGGUCCCCCGGGUCCUCCUGGAGCUACGGGAAGCGUUGGGCAUCCUGGUCCUCGCGGCCCCCCUGGAUACAGAGGCCCAACGGGAGAACUUGGUGAUCCUGGUCCCAGAGGUGACACUGGCGAAAAGGGAGAUAAAGGACCUGUUGGUCAAGGUAUUGAUGGGCCUGAUGGCGAUCAAGGACUUCAAGGACCACCUGGUGUACCUGGAAUUACUAAAAAUGGUCGUGAUGGUGCUCAGGGUGAACCCGGUCUUCCAGGGGAUCCUGGUAUUCCUGGUGCUAUUGGGGCUCAGGGAACUCCAGGCAUAUGUGACACGUCGGCUUGCAUGGGAGCUGUUGGAGCAUCGACUUCCAAAAAAUCAUAAAACAACAAUACAAGCAGUGGAGAAGUGACUGAAUAUUUAAAUAAAACAGUGCAUUGUAAGAAAACAGACAGAAUCCUCCUAGUGAUAAACGGACAGAUGUUCCUUCUAUUAUAUUAAGUGGAGACUUUGACACAGCUCUAUGAAAAAGAAAGCAUCAGAUGAAAGCUUUAAUUAAAAGAUGCUUUAUGAGUAUUUUCUCCUCCCCCCCCAUUAUUUUCCACAAUUUUUACUGCUAACCGACCUCACCUUCCCUUUCUCCCUUUGUUCACGAGACCCGCAGGAGGAAGCGUUGUUCCUUUUUACCAUUACCCCCCUAACUGUGUACUAGAGAUCACGACUUCUCUGUAUAAACCUUGGGCCUUGUCCAUUGCAUUCCUUGGUGCUGCUCCCACUGACUUCAGUUAUGCAGGUUUGUGCACUAAGACACACAUUGUUAAGGUAUUCAGGCACCUAACUGCUACUUAGAGCAGUGGAAAUUAGGCAUUUAAAUAUCCUGUCUUUUAGUAUCUUAAGAUUCUGGCCUAA